CAUUUCCGGAAGACUACGAAUAUUAUUUUAAUGACGUAUUUCCGAUUGGCGACACGAGUAUUAUUUGGUAUUAUGUGAAUAUUCGUUAUGAUUGGGUAUAGGGAUUUUUAGUUAUAUCAUUAGUCCAGCAGAAGGUGGUGUGUAAAGAGAAGAGUGGGUCAUUAAGGUAUAAAGGAAGGAUUGCGUUUGAAAGGGUUGGAAACCGUAGGAAUGGCCGAACAAGUGCAGAAAAAACUGCAGGCAGAGCUUGAAAAAUACCAACAGUUGCAGAAAGAUCUCAGUAAAUGCAUGUCUGCACGACAGAAACUGGAAGCACAGGUCACUGAAAACAACAUUGUGAAAGAGGAGUUGGAGCUCUUGAAUUCUGACAAUUUGGUCUUCAAAUUGAUCGGGCCUGUUCUAGUGAAGCAAGACUUGGAAGAAGCUAAAGCCACCGUUUCCAAAAGGCUGGAAUAUAUCAAUGGGGAAAUAAAGCGAUAUGAAGCACAGAUAAAAGACUUGGAAAAGAAGUCUGAGCAGCACCGUGACACAUUGACCAAACUGCAGCAGGAGUUCCAGAAAGCCCAGACCAAGACGUCUGCCAAAGCAUAACCUUGGAUUUGUGUGUGUACCUUGAUUGCUGAUGGUAAACAAGAAUCACCUACUCAAGCACAUCUUUUUACAUCCAGGAAUGAAUAUUACAGGCGGGAGAGACUCCAGAAUUUUGCUUCAUACUUUGAGUUACAUAAUCCAGGAUUUUGUGCUACUUCAAUAUUUAAAUUUUCUGUAAUUUUUCAGACAUCAUCUUGAACUGGGGUCAUAGUCAUGAAUUAAUUCUGAAACUCCAGAAGGUUUUGUUGAAGUGCAUUACUAAUUUGUCGUAAUGAUUUUAUGCAUUGCCUUUGACAGUGAUGCAGGUAUAGAGUGUUGGCUGAAGGCAUCGACUGCUAACAAAAUGGCAUCACAGUUCUCUCUUUCUUUGUGUUUGUAUUGCUGCAGAGGAGCCUCCUACCUUUAACAGCUGAAUUGUAGACAGCAGCCUGCAUCGAAUACUAUUACAUUGGAUGAUUACUUUUUCAGGGGGGUCUUUCUUGCUUAGCAUAAUUGGAUAUGAUACAGCUGAAGUAAUUUAUGUAUUUCAUGGUGAAUUUUUUGUUUAUUUGAAAACUUAGAAGUAAAAAGCUAUAAUAAGA